AUCAUAUCAUAUCAUGCAUUUUAAAUGAGAAUUCAUGGGUGAAAGAAUCAUAAAUCAUAAAGGCCCCUACAACUUUAGAAUUUCUUUCUUUAACAAAAAACUAGGCAUCUUUCUAUCUGUCAUGGAAAGGGAUAUCAACAUUGAGAAUGAUGCUCAUUAUAAUAACCCGCUUACUUCUUCUUCCGUCAUCUCUACCACCACCACCGUGGCCACCUCCAUCACAUUCUCCGUUUCGGGUCCUAAUCAAAACAAGAAAACUUCAAAAAACAGUGUAGCUAUUAAAGGUUCAAAGAAAGCUGUAGGAGACUUGGAAAGGAAGCAACCGGUAUACCGUGGUGUACGAAUGCGGAGUUGGGGCAAAUGGGUGUCCGAAAUCCGACAACCAAAAAAGAAAUCGAGAAUAUGGCUCGGGACUUACCCCACCGCAGAAAUGGCAGCUCGAGCCCACGAUGUAGCCGCACUAGCCAUCAAAGGCUGCUCGGCUCACCUUAACUUCCCCGAACUUGCAAAAACACUUCCACGCCCCGCUAGUACAUCUCCUAAGGAAAUCCAAGCCGCUGCUUCCCAAGCAGCUGCUUCAACAUAUCUCGACACAUCGCGGUGGAGCAACAACAUUGAACCCGAAGACAAAGUCAGUCGUCGACCGAGGCAAGAACAAGUUCCGGUUUCACGUUCGGACAAUAUGUGUAGUACUUCACCCUUUGAAGACGAUGCUGCCUUGUUUGAUUUGCCCGAUCUCACGAUUGAUGCCAUCGAUCGAAGCGAUGGGUUCUGCUCUUAUUCUUCAACAUGGCAAGUAUGUGCAGUCGAUGCUGGUUUCAGGAUCGAGGAGCCAUUCGCGUGGGAGUACUACUAGGAAAAGACCGUAUCUUUUCAGUACAUGCAAUAUCUUCUUUUUUAAUCUUUGACAUGGUUAAUAUUAACCAAUCAUAUGGUUAAAAUAUAUAUGUAAAAUAUGAGCAUGUCAGAUCAAUAAACAUUUAAUAAAUGAA